UGUGGACUGUUGGCGGUGGCGUGAGCACGUAGUACCUCUGGCGACAUCAUCUGGCGGCGCUGGUGACGCGGAGAAACAUUGGUGUUGAAGUUGCUCCUCAUCCGCCCAUGCUGCCCCUCUCACCGCAUCAUAAUUUCUCAAUAUUAAUUCCUUUAGUUCUUCAUUAAUGCUUCCCUCCCCGUGAGUGAGCCACAUGAAGCGCACGUCGGCAUCACCACCCUUUGCUUGACACGCUCGCACAACAACAAGGUGCCUGCAAGCGUGUGUGCCUUACAGCGACCUGUUGUCCCCACACGGCUUCCAUUGCAAUAAGGAGCAAGAAGGCGGAGUGUGACGCGCGUUGUGGCACCAACACAGAGGCAGGCAGCCUGAAGCAAGGGCAGCAACAUAGAGGCAGGCAGCCUGAAGGAAGGCCAGCAACACAGAGGCAGGCAGCCUGAAGGGGGGCCAGCAACACAGAGGCAGGCAGCCUGAAGCAAGGGCAGCAACAUAGAGGCAGGCAGCCUGAAGGAAGGCCAGCAACACAGAGGCAGGCAGCCUGAAGGGGGGGCCAGCAACACAGAGCCAGACAGCCUGAAGCAAGGCCAGCAACACAGAGGCAGGCAGCCUGAAGGUAGGCCAGCAACACAGAGGCAGGCAGCCUGAAGGGGGGCCAGCAACACAGAGCCAGACAGCCUGAAGCAAGGCCAGCAACACAGAGCCAGACAGCCUGAAGCAAGGCCAGCAACACAGAGCCAGACAGCCUGAAGCAAGGCCAGCAACACAGAGGCAGGCAGCCUGAAGGGGGGCCAGCAACACAGAGCCAGACAGCCUGAAGCAAGGCCAGCAACACAGAGCCAGACAGCCUGAAGCAAGGCCAGCAACACAGAGGCAGGCAGCUUGAGCCAUGGACGACAACGUGGAGGACUGUCCAGUGUGCUUCACCACCUUUGACGACACCCUCAGGCGGCCACACAACCUGCCCUGUGGCCAUACAGUGUGCUCGCCGUGCAUUGACGUACUGAAGCAGCAGGGUGCCGUCACGUGCCCCACCUGCCGGGCGAGUCACGCCGUGCCCGAGGCGGGCCAGUUCCCCAUCGCCUAUGCUGUUGAGGGACUGGUGAGGAGGCUGAGGGGUGCAGGACUGGCCUCUCUGCCUGCCAAGCCAGGGAAGCAGACAGCCCCACCAGUGACACGGCCUGCACCAAAGGCGACAACGGGACUCAGCAAGAAGGCACAGUCCCUGCUGCAGGAGCAAGAGGCGAAGGUCCUGGCUGCCAUCCGCUCCUGCCAGGAGGAGCAGAGCCAGCUGGCUGAGUACCUGACAACCCUCGGUGGCUGGAGCAGUCGCCAGCAGCGGCUGCAAGACGAGCUGCAGACGCAAGAGUGCCCGGGAGGCGAUGCGCUGCGAGGAGUCCCGGGUAGAGGGCAGGCAGGAGGAGGUGCGGCAGAAGGAGCAGCAGCUGCACGCCGCGCUACAGUCGCUGCGCACGGCCGCAACACGGCAGGAAGCUUACGAGGUCAUUGAGGACACAGACCUUCUGGUGGAGAAGGACAGUCAGAGAACAGGGGAGUGCCUGGGAGUGUUUCCCGACGUUCACGCUGUCACCAUCGUCACCAAGGUGGCAGAGGCAUCGCGCGCAGCCCUGCAGGCUGCCACUACUGCCGCUGCUGCCACACAGGCAGCCCUGGAGGCAGCGGGCACUGCUGCUGCAGCCUCGGGGGACUCCAGCCUCCCAGCAGCCUGGCCCGAGGCCUCCUCCAUCGCGGAUAGGCUGCAGGCCCUGCUGGCGCCGCCCCUGACGGCGGCCCAUCACACCCACAGACCGGCUUCCCGGCUGCUCCGGCAAUUCAGCAAAUCCCGGCUGCUUUUCUCUUCUGGCUGCAUGAUCCCGGCUAAAAGCAGCCGUGAAUUACCCCGUGCCGAGGACCUGCACAGCCUAACACAGCGUGUCAGGGGCCUGGUGGAGGCUGGCCUUCUCUUCGCCGUCCACGCCGUGGAGGGACAGACUCGGCAAGCAAGGAUCAGCCUUGAAGACGGCAGCCUUUACCUCCACUCCCUGCAGGCCCAGGCCCUGCCGAACUUCACCGCCACCCUGCAGAUGGGGAAGGUGGUGCCGGCCGUCCCCCCCUGCGAGGUGUUCCUGGACCUGGCGUGGCCCGGCAGCGCAGCGCGGCGGGUGGUGGUGAGUCUACCCAAGGACAUCCCCAUGGGCCGGCAGUUCAUGCUGCUGUGCUCGGGCCAGCGGGGCGCCUGCUACGCCAACACCAGGCUGUUUAAGGUGAUGAGUGAGGGACAGCCGGAGGAGUGUGUGGUGGGAGGAGACUACCAGACAGGUGAUGGGAGGGGAGGAGCCGCCCUGCUGCCUCACCUUGACCAGGGUGAGUACUGGGAGUCAGGCAAGGCGGGUGCUGUGUGUUGCUGGCGGCGUAUUAACUUUGCCUGUGGUGCUCAGUUCAGCAUCACCACCCGGGACAUGCAGCGUGGUGGUUUUUGGGCUGGUGUCUUUGGCCAGGUGGUGCGGGGCCUGGAGGUGGUGCAGGAGGCAGCCCAACACCGCCCCAUUACUGAGGUGACUGUGGUGCAGUAUGGCGUGGUGCUGUCACAGUAGUGCUGCACCACACCACUACCAAUAUUAUUAUUUUUUUUUGUUAUUUUUUUAAGAGGAAAGAAGCAAACACACACACACACAAGCCUGGAAUAUACGCAGCGCGAAGUUGAUGAGCUGAAAUCUUCUGCCAAUCAACAUAAGACAGAGAGGAAGGAAGAUAAACUACAAAUUGGUAAACUAAUUCAACAACUGGACUCAUCUACUCUUAUGAUUAAAAACCUAGAAGAUAAAGUAGUUUAUCAAGAAGACUACAGCAGGCGGAAGAACCUACGAAUCAGCGGACUAGAAGAGCAACAAAAUGAAACCUGGGAGCAGACCGCAACUGCUGUAACAUCUCUCCUAGAGUCAAAGCUUACAAGAGAAGUGGAAUUUGACAUAAAACAGUAUGUGUGUGUGUGUGUGUGUGUGUGUGUCAGGCCCAAAGAAAAAAAUCUUUAAACCCGCGUACAGGAUGAAAACACUACUUUAGAGAGGUGGGAAAGACUGGUUGAGAACAAAGAUGAUCUGCAACUCUGGAGGGCUAUAAAUUGGAAGGGAGAAGUUGGUGGUGAAAAUAAUUCAAAUGUGUGCCCUCUGAUGAUGAUUUUAAAGAUUAUUUUGAAACUAACUUUAACCCUCCCGACAAUGUGAAACUUACUGAAUGUGACUUUUCCACCGAUGUGUCUAUACCCCUGUUAGAUGACCCUAUUGACCCAUUACAAAUACAACAACAAGUGAAGCAAUUGAAACCAGACAAAGCUUCAGGUCCUGAUGGCGUAUCACCCGGUAUUGUUAAAUUAUUGCCAGUACAAUUGAUUAUGUAUAUGUGUGUUUUGUUUAAUAAUAUAUUGUACUGUGGUAGUUACCCAUUAGCUUGGACAAAGGUAAAGUUAGUUUGAAUUUUUAAGAAGGGUGACAGGAGAGAUGCGAGAAACUAUAGGGGAAUAAGUAUAAUAAACAGUAUUGCCAAGGUGUACGACAUGGUGUUGUGUGCGAGACUGAGACAGUGGUUUACACCUUUCAGGGAGCAAGCUGGUGCUCAGGAGAAGAGAGGGUGUGUGGAGAACACAGUGGCUCUCAGGUUGUUAUGUGACAUGGCUAGGAGGAGGAAAUUAACUCUAUUUGUAACAUUCAUUGACUUUUCCCAGGCCUAUGACAGAGUACCUAGACAUAAAUUAUUUUAUAUGUUACAAAGAUUAGGAUGUGACUGAGCUAUGUUAUGUGCACUUAUUACUAUGUAUACCGUGACAGAAAGCUUGGUGGGAACAGCGGUGGUCUUAAUAACUCUAGGUGUGAGGCAAGGAUCACCCAUCUCAUGUUUACUUUUUAUCAUCUUGGUUAAUGACUUUAUAAGACUAAUUAAAGAAGGGUGUGGACAUGAUGGAUUUUUACAAUGGCUACAUAUACUUGUACUAAUGGACGACACGGUGCUAUUAUCGACAAAGAGGGCAAAUAUGAUGAGAAAGGUGUCUUUGUUAUAAGAUUAUUGUACAGAAUAUGGCAUAAAAGUUAACCAAUCCAAGACAAAGUUUUUUUUUGUGAUAAGCGGCAGCUCUCAUGUCAUCACUAAUUUAUGGUUGUGAAUCUUGGAUAGGAGCUGAUCUGAAAACGAUGGUGAAGUUGUACAAUUGGUGUCUAAAAAGAUUAUUAGGAGUGAGAAAACUAACAUGUAAUGACAUUUGCUACGUGGAGUCAGGGUAUCCACCUUUCAAGGACUUAAUCAGGCACAGACAACACAAAUUUUUAUAUAGUAUGUGGCAUGAGAGGUCAGGAUAUGAUGAUGAUCCAUUAGCCUUCACACAGUGAACUCUAACACUCCAACCAGCCGGACCGUCAGAGAGAUGAUCAACACGAAUGUACCGGACCUGAGCUUGGUAAUGCAGAAAUUAAAAGAUGACAUGGUAAACAGUAACUCCUCAAGACGCACAAUAUAUAAGGAUAUUAACCCAGAUUUAUUGGUACACCGUAUAUAUACAGUGAAGCAUGCAGUAAAUGAUAUUCAUAGAGUAUCAUUCACACAAUUUCGAGUAAGUGGACAUAGUUUAGCGUGUGAGACUGGCAGGUGGAAUAAAAAAAAACAGAGGUCGACUGGAGGUGAAUGAGAGGCUGUGUGUGUGUGUGGAGGGUUACAGAGAGACAUGUAGUGCAGGAUUGUCAGUUAACACAGCAACUUAGAGAUCAAUACCAGUUCUCCACUUUAGAACAUUUGUUUGGGGAUCAGUUUACGCCAGAGAUUAUGUGUAAGAUUGUUCAUAACAUUCUGACCAUAUAUUAAAGAAGUAAUAAAUUAUACUUGUAUUUAAUAUGUUUCGCACGAUUGUGGGAUUAGUGAGGAUUUGAUAAUUAUAGUAGUGCGUAGAUGUCAUGAAUAUGAUUGUUUAUAUAUAUUCUAUAAACAAGGGUCCUAAGAAUAGAUAUUUCUCCUGUGUUUAUGUUUAGCUCCUUUAUUUUGUAAUAAUAGACUUCUAGUAACUAACAGAUGAUGGACUACAAGUAGGAAGUGAUAAUAAUUUAAUAUUAUCUUGUAGAUUAUGUAAUACCAUUAUGUACAAUCCAUUGAUAUUAUCUGUUUGCUGUGGUCAAUAAAAUAUCUAUCUAAUAU